CCUCAGUGCCUACCUUCACACAUAAGCGGCAGGGCACUCGGGUCCACUGGUGCGCACAGACCUACACAUACACACACAUACACUGACACUUAGACACUUGUCAUAUCUGCACACAUCACCCCCCCUUGCCACCACCACCACCUACCCUCCCUCCUCUUCAAGGCACCCUGAGCGACCUCUCACCAUUGGCCAAGUCUCUGAGCCCUCAGCAUCUCCAUCAAGGCUGAAGGGACCAUUCGGGAAAGCAAGAGACAGAGGUUGACUAUGAGGAUCUUUUUGAAACUCGUGUUCGGACUCUUCGUCCUCAAAGCGGUGGUGGCAAGUCCCAGAUUUUCCCGACAAGUGGACAAUGACUCAAACGAUUUAAAUGAGGGAGAAGACAAUUUUGAUCAAUAUAACUAUGCAUAUGAAGAGUUUGAGCCAGAAUAUAAAUAUCCUGAAUCAGCUGUGGAGAACACAGAGGGAGAAGAGACCCAGGAGAAGGAAGAAGGGUUUCCUCUAACAUCCCAACCUGUCCCUCAGGGUUCCGGUGGAUCUGGUCUUCUCAUGGGUCCAGACACAGAGAAAGAGGUGGAGCUUCAUCAGAUGCCUGUUGAUACUCUUCAUGUUUCCGGGGAUUAUGGAGGCUCUGUAGGGUCCGGAGAAACCUCAGAAGCUUCCGGCGCCUCUGGGUCUGGCCUCUCAGGAGACACACUGGUCUCCAGUGCCUCUGGAGAUCUUUUGGAUGACAUUGUCCUGAUAUCUGGACAUCCAGAUGAGCUACCUAUAUCAGGAGGCUCUGGGGAUGUCUUUGCACGUGGGGUUCUGUUCAUUUCUGGGGAUUUCUCAGGAUCUGGAGACAUCAGUGGGUCUGCUAUUUCUGGAGCCUCGGGAGACUUCCCCUAUAAAGAUAAUGAAAUCAUUCCUGAAAUUCCCAUUGGCUCCGGAGAAUCUGGGGACCAGUCUGGCUCUGGGUUCCCUGGAGAUAUCUUGAGCUCUGGAGGCUCUGGAACUUCUGGGGUUUCUGGGGACUCUGAUGAGUCUGGAUACUCAGGGAUUAUAACAAUAUCUGGAGAGGAGGAGUUUCCCUUUACUGAGGAAAGAGUUCCCCAGGAGGUACUGAGUGCUUCUGGGGAGAUCUCGGGAGAAAUUGAAGCCUCUGUAGAUUCAGAGGUCUCUGGAACCUCUGGGCUUCCUAGUGUCUCUGGCUCAGGAGACGACGAGGAGGUCCUUGUGAUAUUUCAGCCCAGUAAACCAGAAGAGGAGGAGCUGCUUUCAACCACACCUGAAACCCCUCAGGAGGGGAAAACCAGUGUAGAAGAAGAAACAGUAAGCUCUGGUUUUCCAGAGACUUAUGAGCCAGAGGAGCCUGAUGAGGUUUUCAAGAAAGGAAUGCCUGUUUGCCUGCUGUGCACAUGCCUCGGUGGUUCCGUCUACUGUGACGACUUGAAGCUGAACAGUGUUCCACCUCUGCCCAAAGGCACCACUCACUUCUAUGCUCGCUACAACAGAAUCACAAAGAUCAGCAAGUCUGACUUCGCCAACAUGAGUAAGCUGAAGAAGAUCGACCUGACUGCCAAUCAGAUCACUUCCAUCGAGGACAGAGCGUUCAUGGGCCUGCCUGAGCUCGAGGAGCUGAUAAUUAGAGAAAAUCACAUCUCCCAGCUACCAACCCUUCCUGAGACCAUGACUCUGAUUGAUGCCAGCCAUAACAAGAUCGGCACAAAGGGCAUCCAUAAAGAGGCAUUUAAAGACAUGACUGGACUGCUGUACCUUUACCUAACCGAUAACAACAUCGAUUAUAUUCCAGUGCCUCUACCAGACAGCCUGCGCUCUCUACAUUUACAGCGUAACAACAUUCAAAUGAUGCACGAGGACACGUUCUGCAACCUGAACGACUUCAGCUACAUCAGAAAUGCAUUGGAGGAUAUCCGUCUGGACGGCAACCCCAUCAACCUCAGCAAGACUCCUCAGGCUUAUAUCUGUCUGCCCCGUAUACCCAUCGGGAAUCUUAUUUAACCUAGACCCCUGCAAACAUCUUUGUACAUACUGACCCACAGAGUUAUACUAUAUUCAAUGUUCAAAGUCCUUCCUGAAAGUGUGUUUCUUACAUGCUGCUGACAGAUUUUGCCAAUCUGUAAAACUGUGUGCAAAAUGUGUGCAAAUGCCCAAAUAGCAAAUAUGACUGAAAUUCCAACAACCAAGCACAUAUGCAUUACUCUGCCUUCUUCCUGUUGCUCGGAUUUUUACAGAAAUAUUCUAAAUUGUAUAAGAUUUUACAAAAAUAGAUGUGCAGCGGCACAGAAACCUUUUAUAACACAGCCUCACAGGGUUUUUAUUGAUAUUUUCAGUUUCUUUUCAUAACUGGCAACCAAAAACCAACCAAUUAGUAAAGUUUUUUUUGUAAAAAAAAAAAAGUACUUUUUUUUUUCUCAAUGUAUACAA